AUGAAUAGAAAGCGUCAGCGCGAGGCCGCGGAGGGACACGUUCCCGCCAAAAAGGACAAGACUUUGGAGUUUAAUGGAACUGUUUUUAAAAGCAUGUUGAAGGAUCCAGCGCGGGCCAUGAAGGGGUUAGAGAAGUUCAUAACAACAGCCAAGCAGCUGCCGAGCCCAGGUCUGUAUGAUGUGGUGGAAGGAUACAUGAAGAUCUCUGCGGAGUGUGCGGAGCUCUUCAGUCUGUUGGAGGCAGGAGCCCGGCCUGAAAGUGAGCUGUCUGUGCUAACCACAGACCUGUCUGUGCUAACCACAGACCUGUCUGUGCUAACCACAGACCUGUCUGUGCUAACCACAGACCUGUCUGUGCUAACCUCAGACCUGUCUGUGCUAACCACAGACCUGUCUGUGCUAACCACAGAUCUGUCUGUGCUAACCACAGACCUGUCUGUGCUAACCUCAGACCUGUCUGUGCUAACCACAGACCUGUCUGUGCUAACCACAGACCUGUCUGUGCUAACCUCAGACCUGUCUGUGCUAACCACAGACCUGUCUGUGCUAACCACAGACCUGUCUGUGCUAACCACAGACCUGUCUGUGCUAACCUCAGACCUGUCUGUGCUAACCACAGACCUGUCCGUGCUAACCACAGACCUGUCCGUGCUAACCUCAGACCUGUCUGUGCUAACCACAGACCUGUCUGUGCUAACCACAGACCUGUCUGUGCUAACCACAGACCUGUCCGUGCUAACCACAGACCUGUCCGUGCUAACCACAGACCUGUCCGUGCUAACCACAGACCUGUCUGUGCUAACCACAGACCUGUCUGUGCUAACCACAGACCUGUCUGUGCUAACCACAGACCUGUCUGUGCUAACCACAGACCUGUCUGUGCUAACCUCAGACCUGUCUGUGAUAACCUCAGCUGUCUGUGCUAACCACAGACCUGUCUGUGCUAACCACAGACCUGUCCGUGCUAACCACAGACCUCUGUCUGUGCUAACCUCAGACCUGUCUGUGCUAACCACAGACCUGUCCGUGCUAACCACAGACCUGUCUGUGCUAACCACAGACCUGUCCGUGCUAACCUCAGACCUGUCCGUGCUAACCUCAGACCUGUCUGUGCUAACCUCAGACCUGUCUGUGCUAACCUCAGACCUGUCUGUGCUAACCACAGACCUGUCCGUGCUAACCACAGACCUGUCUGUGCUAACCUCAGACCUGUCUGUGCUAACCUCAGACCUGUCUGUGCUAACCACAGACCUGUCUGUGCUAACCACAGACCUGUCUGUGCUAACCUCAGACCUGUCUGUGCUAACCUCAGACCUGUCUGUGCUAACCACAGACCUGUCUGUGCUAACCACAGACCUGUCUGUGCUAACCACAGACCUGUCCGUGCUAACCACAGACCUGUCUGUGCUAACCUCAGACCUGUCUGUGCUAACCACAGACCUGUCUGUGCUAACCUCAGACCUGUCUGUGCUAACCUCAGACCUGUCUGUGCUAACCACAGACCUGUCCGUGCUAACCACAGACCUGUCCGUGCUAACCUCAGACCUGUCCGUGCUAACCUCAGACAAGUCUGUGCUAACCACAGACCUGUCUGUGCUAACCUCAGACCUGUCUGUGCUAACCUCAGACCUGUCUGUGCUAACCUCAGACCUGUCUGUGCUAACCACAGACCUGUCUGUGCUAACCACAGACCUGUCUGUGCUAACCUCAGACCUGUCUGUGCUAACCACAGACCUGUCCGUGCUAACCACAGACCUGUCUGUGCUAACCUCAGACCUGUCUGUGCUAACCACAGACCUGUCUGUGCUAACCUCAGACCUGUCCGUGCUAACCACAGACCUGUCUGUGCUAACCACAGACCUGUCUGUGCUAACCACAGACCUGUCUGUGCUAACCUCAGACCUGCCCGUGCUAACCACAGACCUGUCUGUGCUAACCACAGACCUGUCUGUGCUAACCACAGACCUGUCUGUGCUAACCUCAGACCUGUCCGUGCUAACCACAGACCUGUCUGUGCUAACCACAGACCUGUCUGUGCUAACCUCAGACCUGUCUGUGCUAACCUCAGACCUGUCCGUGCUAACCACAGACCUGUCUGUGCUAACCACAGACCUGUCUGUGCUAACCUCAGACCUGUCUGUGCUAACCACAGACCUGUCCGUGCUAACCACAGACCUGUCUGUGCUAACCACAGACCUGUCCGUGCUAACCACAGACAAGUCUGUGCUAACCACAGACCUGUCCGUGCUAACCACAGACCUGUCCGUGCUAACCACAGACCUGUCUGUGCUAACCUCAGACCUGUCUGUGCUAACCUCAGACCUGUCUGUGCUAACCUCAGACCUGUCUGUGCUAACCACAGACCUGUCUGUGCUAACCUCAGACCUGUCUGUGAUAACCUCAGACCUGUCUGUGCUAACCUCAGACCUGUCUGUGCUAACCACAGACCUGUCCGUGCUAACCACAGACCUGUCUGUGCUAACCACAGACCUGUCCGUGCUAACCUCAGACCUGUCCGUGCUAACCACAGACAAGUCUGUGCUAACCACAGACCUGUCCGUGCUAACCACAGACCUGUCUGUGCUAACCACAGACCUGUCUGUGCUAACCACAGACCUGUCUGUGCUAACCACAGACAAGUCUGUGCUAACCACAGACCUGUCCGUGCUAACCACAGACCUGUCUGUGCUAACCACAGACCUGUCUGUGCUAACCACAGACCUGUCUGUGCUAACCUCAGACCUGUCCGUGCUAACCACAGACCUGUCCGUGCUAACCACAGACCUGUCUGUGCUAACCACAGACCUGUCCGUGCUAACCACAGACCUGUCCGUGCUAACCACAGACCUGUCUGUGCUAACCACAGACAAGUCUGUGCUAACCACAGACCUGUCUGUGCUAACCUCAGACCUGUCUGUGCUAACCUCAGACCUGUCUGUGCUAACCACAGACCUGUCUGUGCUAACCUCAGACCUGUCUGUGCUAACCUCAGACCUGUCCGUGCUAACCUCAGACCUGUCUGUGCUAACCUCAGACCUGUCUGUGCUAACCUCAGACCUGUCCGUGCUAACCUCAGACCUGUCUGUGCUAAACCUCAGACCUGUCUACAUGUCCGUGCUAACCACAGACCUGUCUGUGCUAACCACAGACCUGUCCGUGCUAACCUCAGACCUGUCUGUGCUAACCACAGACCUGUCUGUGCUAACCUCAGACCUGUCUGUGCUAACCACAGACCUGUCUGUGCUAACCUCAGACAUGUCUGUGCUAACCACAGACCUGUCUGUGCUAACCUCAGACCUGUCUGUGCUAACCUCAGACCUGUCUGUGCUAACCUCAGACCUGUCUGUGCUAACCUCAGACCUGUCUGUGCUAACCACAGACCUGUCUGUGCUAACCUCAGACCUGUCCGUGCUAACCACAGACCUGUCUGUGCUAACCUCAGACCUGUCUGUGCUAACCUCAGACCUGUCCGUGCUAACCACAGACCUGUCCGUGCUAACCUCAGACCUGUCCGUGCUAACCUCAGACCUGUCUGUGCUAACCACAGACCUGUCCGUGCUAACCACAGACCUGUCCGUGCUAACCUCAGACCUGUCCGUGCUAACCUCAGACCUGUCUGUGCUAACCACAGACCUGUCCGUGCUAACCACAGACCUGUCUGUGCUAACCUCAGACCUGUCUGUGCUAACCUCAGACCUGUCUGUGCUAACCUCAGACCUGUCUGUGCUAACCUCAGACCUGUCUGUGCUAACCACAGACCUGUCUGUGCUAACCACAGACCUGUCUGUGCUAACCACAGACCUGUCUGUGCUAACCACUGACCUGUCUGUGCUAACCUCAGACCUGUCUGUGCUAACCACAGACCUGUCUGUGCUAACCUCAGACCUGUCUGUGCUAACCACAGACCUGUCUGUGCUAACCACAGACCUGUCUGUGCUAACCUCAGACCUGUCUGUGCUAACCUCAGACCUGUCUGUGCUAACCACAGACCUGUCUGUGCUAACCUCAGACCUGUCUGUGCUAACCUCAGACCUGUCUGUGCUAACCACAGACCUGUCUGUGCUAACCUCAGACCUGUCUGUGCUAACCUCAGACCUGUCUGUGCUAACCACUGACCUGUCUGUGCUAACCACUGACCUGUCUGUGCUAACCUCAGACCUGUCUGUGCUAACCUCAGACCUGUCUGUGCUAACCACAGACCUGUCUGUGCUAACCUCAGACCUGUCUGUGCUAACCUCAGACCUGUCUGUGCUAACCUCAGACCUGUCUGUGCUAACCUCAGACCUGUCUGUGCUAACCUCAGACCUGUCUGUGCUAACCUCAGACCUGUCUGUGCUAACCACAGACCUGUCUGUGCUAACCACAGACCUGUCUGUGCUAACCGCAGACCUGUCCGUGCUAACCUCAGACCUGUCCGUGCUAACCACAGACAAGUCUGUGCUAACCACAGACCUGUCUGUGCUAACCUCAGACCUGUCUGUGCUAACCUCAGACCUGUCUGUGCUAACCACAGACCUGUCCGUGCUAACCACAGACCUACCUGUCUGUGCUAACCACAGACCUGUCCGUGCUAACCACAGACCUGUCUGUGCUAACCUCAGACCUGCUGUGCUAACCACAGACCUGUCCGUGCUAACCUCAGACCUGUCUGUGCUAACCUCAGACCUGUCUGUGCUAACCACAGACCUGUCCGUGCUAACCUCAGCUUUGACGUUGAUCUUCGAGAGUCUGGAGAUGAUUCUGCUGCGCACGGCCUCGGACCUCGCUCACUUCAACACGGUCGGGAACGCCAUCGUGAAGAAGAGCGUUCUGAGCCACAUGAAGAGUCUGCUGGGCUCCCUGCACUCGGCCAAUCACAGGUGA